AAGUUAAAGGGGGUAAAUAGUAUAAAGAGAGAGGGAAACAAAUAGCUUGUAGGCAAUUUCCUCGGAUUCUCGUCGAUGGAGGUUAACAAUUCAUCAUCGUCAUCGUCAUUCGCAUCCUCUGUACGGCCACUGUAUGAAUCGUCAUUCGCAUCCUCAGUACAGCCAUUGUAUGAAGUGUUCUUGAGCUUCAGGGGAGCGCAUACGCGCUGGCAGUUCGGGAAUCGCCUUGGCACCAGCUUGAUCGACGCAGGAAUAAGCGUGUUUAGAGACGAAAAGGAGGUCGGGCCAGACAAGGAAAUUGACCCUGCACUGGUCGAAGCCAUUGAAAAAUCGAGGAUAUCCAUACCGAUCAUCUCGCCGGACUAUGCUUCCAGCAAGAGCUGCCUCAUGGGGCUGGCCAAAAUGUUGGAUUGCAGGGACACCAUGAACCAAGCCAUCAUUCCCAUAUUCUACCCUGCCAACCCCUCUGAUAUUGGCUCCUUCACGGAGCACAAAAAACGAGGGAUUGACGGCAAGCUGCUCGACUCCUGGAAGUCCGCCCUCCAUCGCAUUGGACAGUUAAAGGGAUAUCAUCUUGACCACUCAAACGACCGGGAUGGCAGGCUUAUAUCCGAGCUUGUCUUGUAUGUCACUCGGCAACUCAAGAAUGCUGAACUAGUUGGUACUACUUCCAUGCUAGUCGGAAUCGAUAAUCAAAUCCGCGAGAUGAUGACAAGGCUUGACAUUGACUAUUCCAAUGGACAAGCAAUUGAAGUACGCCGCAAUGAGGCUCGAAUGGUCGGAAUACAUGGAAUCGGGGGGAUUGGGAAAACGACUCUUGUAAAAUUGAUAUACAACCAACUAUGUCCUCUGUUUGAAGGCUGUAGUUAUCUAGGAAACAUCCGAGAGAUAUUGAAAACCGAGUCCCUGGAGCAUCUGCAAAGCCAACUAGUUUCUGACCUGCUAAAACAAGAACCCAUAGGCUUGGGUUCCUUAGAGGAAGGUAUUUAUUAUAUCAAACAUAGGUUUCGCAGUAUGAGAGUUCUCAUUGUGCUCGAUGACGUCGAUGAGAGGAAUCAUCUCAAAGCAUUUGCCGGGAAGCUAAGCUGGUUUGGUUCGAGAAGUAGGAUAAUUGUAACGACAAGAAACGCCGAUCUUCUUAAUAUCCCUGAUGUGGUUGUGACUUAUGAAGUUGAGCCUAUGGAGAUUGAUCAAUCCAUUCGUCUUUUCAGUCUACAUGCUUUUGGAGGAAGUUCUCCCAAUAAGGGCUAUGAUGAUCUGUCCAGGGACAUUGUUUCCACAACUAGAGGGCUUCCUUUAGCAAUUGAGGUCUUAGGUUCAUUUCUGUACAGAAAAACCAAAGAAAUAUGGCGUGCGACGUUACAUGAACUAAAGAAAGAGACAGUUGAUUCCGUCCAGCAAGUGUUGAUGACUAGCUAUGAAUCUCUAGAUCAAGGGACAAAAGAUAUAUUUCUGGAUAUUGCUUGUUAUUUUAUAGGAAAGGACAAGAGAAUUCCUUUCUACAUGUGGGAGGACUGCGGUUUUUAUCCUUGUACGGGUAUCGAGAGUCUCCUUCUCACGUCCCUGGUGAAAAUCGGAGAGAACAACGAGCUCUUGAUGUAUGAUCUGUUAAGAGACCUUGGUCGAGAAAUUGUCUCCAAGGAAGACCCCGCUAACCAUGGAAGGCGCAGCAGACUGUGGAAUCAUGAGGAAGCCUGCGAUACCUUAAGGAGUAAAAAGGGAACGAAAAGGGUUCAAGCCAUCCGUCUCAAGUUCGCCAAUGGUUCAAACAAUUGUUUCACACGUGAAGAAUUUCAAAGACUGUCCAAAAUGAGAUUCCUCAAAUUGGACAAGGCAAAUAUCCGGGGAGAUUUCACAAAUCUACUUUCCAAUUUAAGGUGGCUCGACUGGCAAGGGUGCCCCACGACCUUUGAAGCCGUGAACUUGCAUCUCAAGAAAUUGGCAAUUCUUGAUUUAUCGUGGAGCAAGGUCACUCAAGACUGGGAGGGUUGGAGUCAAAUCAAGAUGCCACGAUUGAAAGUUUUAAACCUCACAGGGUGUAAUGAAAUGCUGAUAACUCCCAACUUCUCUGGUUACCCGCUGUUGGAGAUGUUGAUUCUCGAAGGCUGUUUUCAAUUGGUCAAGAUAGACCCUUCGAUUUGUCAUCUAAGAUCCUUGGUUUCCUUGAAUUUAAAAUCCUGCAGCAAUCUUAGUAUGUUGCCGCCAGAUAUAGGUAAGAUGGAAGCGCUGCAAGAGCUUCUCAUGGAUGGCACUUCUAUACAAGAAAUCCCUGUGUCGAUAGCUCGUAUGAAGAAACUCAAAACUAUUAGUGCCUCCAAUUGCUACUCAUUAACUUACCUGCCCAAAUCCAUUGGCUAUAUAGAUGCUCUUUCGAUGCUCUUGCUGGACAAUGUGAAGAUCCCUGAACUCCCCAAUUCAAUCGGAAGUUUGAUGAAACUUAAACGGUUGUCUUUGAGGGACUGCCGGGGGAUACAGAAACUUCCAGAAUCUAUUGGCAAAUUAGGAUGCUCAUUGUUGGAGUUGGACAUAUCGGGGACACUUAUUUCGGAAUUGCCUGACUCCAUGAAAAACCUGCGGCUACUGAGAGUUCUUAAGAUGGAGCGUUGUCAUGUGAGACAGUUUCCUAGUGCCAUUGGCAGGCUAAGGAAACUUGAAGAGAUCCAUGCCUCCCGCUGUAGGAGUUUGGAGGGAAGCAUUCCUAGUAACAUUUGGAAUCUACAAGUCCUGAAAACAUUGAUCCUAGGAUAUAGUGGUGUUUCUAGCCUACCAUCAUCAAUCCAGUCGCUAAGCCGUCUCCGGACCCUUGAUUUACUACCUUGUGAUAAGCUUGAAAUGUUGCCGAUGCUUCCCUCAAGUUUGACUUGCCUGCGAGUAAGUUCAAAGAAGAUGAGCAUAAUCCCUGAUAUUCAGAACUUAGUUGAAUUGGAAGUCUUGAGCUUUGGGAAUGAGAAUCCCAAGGAGCUAACAGUUCCUCCUGCGGCAAUUGAUGCCAGAUCCACUUGGACCAAGCAGCAGUCUCUUUGGCCUGUAAGGUUUCCGAAGCUCAAGAGCUUAGAGUUGUUUCACUCCAAAAUCAUCAAUUUGGGAUUUGAAUAUGGGUCUGCAUGCGUUCCUCAGCUCAAGAAAGUCGCCCUGACUGGCACGAAUCUUCAAGGAGUAUCGGGACUUCCCUCAUCGUUGUCCGUCCUGUCAUUCCAAGCUUGUUUAUCGCUGAAGAGCUUGCCAUCAGUACACAAUUUGAUUUACUUGUCAGAGCUAGAGCUCUUGAACUCAGCUGUCCAAGUGAUUAAAGGGCUCGGAGGGCUAACAAGCCUGGAGAUCCUGGUCAUUUCAAAUUGCUGGAUAGAACAUCUCGACGGCCUCUCCAAAUUGAGAUCAUUGAAGAGAUUGUCUCUCAGGAACUGCAAUUCUCUCAACAACUUGCCCGACGUAUCUGAUCUCACCAUGUUGAAAGUCCUGGAAAUCCAUCGGUGCCGGUUGAUCCACGACAUCGAAGGCCUUGAGGGAUUGACAUCCUUGGAGGAGCUGCACGUGAGUAAAUGUAAGGCUAAAAGGUCAUCAAGAGUAAGACAAGCCCAGGAGAGGAUCAGAAGACGUUUGAGGACAUCCCCUUGAAUGUGAUCAUCGUGUCAUAUGAUGUGUGUCGGGACUUUUCCAGAGGUGAUGGCAUUACUAAGUGGGCACGAACAGUUAUUCAUCAAAGAGAUACCAUCACUUAGCGCGGACUCUCCCAAGUCCAUAUCAAUCGCAACUUUGAUCUUAAUUAAAGACCAAACAAUAUAUGCAUGAUUUAGACUGAUGCAAUUAAUUCUUUUUGGGUUUUUCUUGUUUAAGUUACUCUAUACAUGUAAGCUAUACCAAUGGACAAGGAUUAUUUCCUAAUAGAAGUGACUCUAUUCAUGU